AGUGCCGUUCAUGCGACAGUAGCGGCAAGUUCACGCGCAUCAAUAUUAUUUAAUAAUAUAUAAAUAUUAUAUUUAUAUUUAAAAAUUAUUAUUAUAUAUUAAUUAAUUAUUUAAAUUUAAUUUAAUAUUAUUAUUUUAUUUUUUGUAUUUAUCAAAGUAUAAUUAUUUGUUUGUAAUAUUUAAAUUCGAGAAAAAAAAAAAACAAAAAGGUUGAUCUAAUAUUGACUUGAACUACUUGAAAAGGAAUAAAUUAUAAAAAUUAAAUAAAUAUGGAUAAUUUAAAUAUAUCCAUAUGACAAUAUAUAAAAUUAAUUAAUUUUCAUUUAUAUAAAUAAUUUAAAGUACAAAGAAAAAGAAAAAAUAUAUAAAAAGCGUUGGAUAGAAAUAACGAAUGGCGAGUGAAAAGUGGAAAAAAAAAACAAAGUGUCGAGUAUGAGUAAUAUUGAAGGAUUGUCAAUGCAGGGUGCAAGUACAACACCUGCACCAGGUGGUGGUGGAGGUGGAGGUGGUGGUGUUGUUGUUGUUGGUGGUAAUGGUGGUGGUAGUAUUAUUGGUAGUAUUAGUGUUGGUGUUGGUAAUUGUAUUGGUGGUAGUAGUAGUUUAUCAGACGAUACAGAUAUGGCAAGUCCAACAUCAGCAUCAUCAAAUACAAAACCAAUUAGAAGUGGUAAAAUAAGUUUUAGUGUUGAUUCAUUAUUAAGUGGAACUAAAAAAUCACCAAUUAAUUUUUCAACAAGACGUAUUAUUGAUACAAAUAGUGAUGAUAUUAAUAGUGAUAUUUCAGAAAAAAGUACCAAUGACAUACAUGAUGAGGCACGUAGAUAUCGUGAUUUUUUAAUAAUGGAACAAGAACGUCAAAGAAAUAUACAAAGUCGUGAAUUAAUAGCAAGAUUAAGUCCCCUAACACCUGGUGGUUUAACAACAUUUGUCAAUAUGCAUAAUCAUAACAACAAUAACAACAAUAGUCAUCAUCAUCACCAUCAUCAUCAACAACAACAUCAUCAACAUCAACAACAACAACAGCAUCAUCAACUUCAACAACAACAACAACAACAAAAUAAUCAUCGUAAUAAUUCAUCAUCAAGCGAAAUUAUUAGAAGAACAAAUCAAGAUAAUAAAGAUAAAAUAAAAGUAAAAGAUUUUUCACGUUCUGGUUUACAUGAAGAAUCAUCAUCACCACCAGCCGUCGGUCAUAUUGAUGAUAAUAUAAGUUUAAAUUCACCAUCAGAUAAUAAUUCACCAAAACGUAUUAAUAAUAGACGUAGUAAUAAUAAUAAUAAUGAUGAUGAUGAUUUAGAUGAUGAAUUGGAUGAUGAUGAUGAUAAUAUAAUAUCAAAUCGUUCAAUAUCAUCAAUAAAUCGUGAUAUUGAUAAUGAAAUAAGUGAUUCAGAGGCACCAAGAUCAUUAGAAGGUGAUGGUAGCUGUGAAAGACUAAUGGAUAUUGGUAGUGUUACUAGAUCAGAAGAUUUAAAUGUUAUGGAUUCUGAUUGUGAAAUGGAACGUGAUAUUGAUAAUAAUGAUGAUGAUAAUAAUAAACGUGAUAAAGAAAAAUCAAGUCCAGUUAUACCACAACCAAUACAUCCUGGUGUACAAAGACCAACUGGUGCAUAUUUAGGUGGACCUGGUACAACACCAGGAUGGCCAACAACUGGAUUUCCUCAUUCACUUGCUAGUUUUGCAUGGUUACCCCCACCACCACAUCCACAUAAUCCACAUGGACAUCUUUAUACACCACAGGGUGGACCAACAAGUCCCAAUGGUGAUUUAAGACUACCUGGACCAGGACAAGGACCAGUUAGAUGUACAUUGAGAAAACAUAAACCCAAUAGAAAACCAAGAACACCAUUUACAACUCAACAAUUGCUUUCAUUAGAAAAAAAAUUUCGUGAAAAACAAUAUCUCACGAUUGCUGAACGUGCUGAAUUUUCAUCAUCAUUACAUCUCACUGAAACACAGGUAAAAAUAUGGUUUCAAAAUCGUCGAGCUAAAGCGAAACGUUUACAAGAAGCUGAAAUUGAAAAAUUACGUUUAUCAGCAAGACCAUUAUUACAUCCAAGUUUUGGUACUGGUUUAAUGUUUUCAACUGGACCACCAGGUACACCAGGUGGUGUACCACCAUUUAUUGCUGCGGCAAUGGCUAGACACAAUCAUGCUGCAGCAACAGCAGCAAUGUUCAUGGCUCCUCCCGGUCAUCGACAGUAAAAUUUUCACUAAAUAAUUAUUAAAAAUAACAAAAAAAAAAAAAAAAAAAAAAAAAA